AUGGUUCUCUCCCCCAAACUGCUCAAUUUCGCCCUUCUGGCUCUGGCCACAGUUAGUGCGACUCCAGUGGUGCAGCAGGCGGGCAGCUCGGAAUUCACUUCUUCGAUGUCCCGCUUUCUUCAAGCUUUUAAAAGCAUCAUGCCCUGUGGCUACGGAGAAAUACCUGUAUUGGCUCCUGUCGCAAUUCCCUUCUACGAAUUCGAAGUUGCCACCGAAGACCUCUCCAUAGCCGGCAACGUGACCAACAUUCAAGUCCAGGGGCUUGACAGCUUUGAGGUUCUAAGUGCCAGCGACUACGGUAAAACUGGAGAGGCCUCUUACGAUGUGCUUUUUCCCAAGAUCCAAUUGCUUGGCUUUGCGAAAGUUGAUGGAUUCAUCAAUAUAGGCGGCUUUAAGUUGCCCAUUCGACAGAAUGACGUGAUCAACGAAGCGUUUUCAGACCUUCGCUUCGUGGGAAGCUACAGCUUUGCCAAUAGCCAAACCAACUCAUCAGGCCUACGCAUAGUGGACUUUCAGCAGUCCAUCUAUUUGGCGGGGGUGGAACUGGACAACUGGAACAAACUGUGGGACAUCUCUACCAACAACUUCUGGAAUCGCUGGAUAAAGACUCUGAUUCCACUGGCCCUCGAGGAGAUUCAGCCCAACAUUACUAACUUCCUUUACCAGAACUUCGUGAUUCCAAAGGCUAACGAUCUGUUAGCCAACGUGACAAUGAAUGAGUUAGUAAACUUCUUUCAAUCCAAGGCUAAGCUUUGGGAUAACGCCAACUGUCAAGCUUAG